AUGGACUUUGUAUCUGGAUUACCUCUCUCUCCAAAGAAGAAAGAUGUCAUUUGGGUGAUUGCUGAUCGAUUAACAAAGUCUGCACACUUUAUUCCAGUACGUAUAGAUUACUCUUUGGACAGAUGGCCUGAAUUAUAUGUCUCUGGGAUUGUUAGAUUACAUGGAGUGCCUAUCUCCAUUAUUUCAGAUAGAGACCCUCGGAUUACAUCUCGAUACUGGAGCAAAUUGCAAGAAGCUCUGGGUACUCAGUUACACUUUAGCACUACAUUUCAUCCACAGAUAGAUGAAAUUGCUUGCGUUCACGCCAGUCUUGCAAUUUCAGAAUUCACGAAACCUUUUGUUCUUAAGACUGAUGCAUCCAGAGUGAUUCAGACACCGGAGCAACAGAGGUGGCUUGGUAAACUUGUAGGAUAUGACUUUGAAAUCUGGUAUAGCUCAGGCAAAACCAGCCUCACUGCUGAUGCCCUAUCAAUUGUUCCUUCGGCUUCACUCUUCGUUAUCUCCCGUCCUAUUAUUUCUGUAAUGGAAAACAUUAGGUUGGCCAAUAGUCUCAUUCAGAGCUGGAAGACUUGUGUCACUGCCUCCAAUCUGACCCACAAUCCCUCUCUGGCUAUGAGUACAAAGACGAUCUUUUUCUGUACCGUGGUCAUUUGA